AUGGGCACGGCGGCGACGGAGAGCGACGCCUACGACGCGCGCUACGCGCACUGCGUCGCCGCCGUCGGCGGCCCGGAGGUCUUCGCCAAGGUCCGGCGGUGCAAGGUGCUCGUCGUCGGCGCCGGCGGCAUCGGCUGCGAGCUGCUGAAGAACCUCGUGCUCGUGGGCUUCGAGAGCCUCGUCACGGUGGACCUCGACACCAUCGACGUGUCGAACCUGAACCGCCAGUUCCUCUUCCGCAAGCGGCACGUGGGCAUGGCCAAGGCCGUCGUCGCGCGCGAGGCCGUCGUCGCGUUCAACCCGCUCUGCUCCGUCGAGGCGCUCCACGCGAACAUCAAGGAGCCGCGCUUCGGCCUGGCCUGGUUCGGCGGCUUCGACGUCGUCGUCAACGCGCUCGACAACGUCGACGCGCGGCGCCACGUGAACCGCAUGUGCCUCGCGAGCGACGUGCCGCUCAUCGAGGCCGGCACGACGGGCUUCCUCGGCCAGGUCUUCGUGAUCCGCAAGGGCGAGACGGCCUGCUACGAGUGCUUCCCCAAGGCCACCAAAAAAGUCUACCCGAUCUGCACGAUCCGGUCGACGCCGUCCGAGCCCGUGCACUGCGUCGUCUGGGCCAAGGAGCUCUUCAAGCUCCUCUUCGGCGACGCCAAGGAGUCCAUGCUCUUCGAGGGCGGCGACGACGGCCCCGACGCGUCGACCUACGGCGCGGCCUGCGCCGCCGUGCGCGGCGCGCCCGACGCGGAGAAGGCGCUCGGCGCCGCGCUCGCCUUACUCUGCGACGGCGAGGUCCGGAAGCAGCUCAGCAUGGACAAGUACAAGACGGCGAAGAAGACGCCCGACCCCCUCGACGGCGCCGCCGUCGCCGCGGCCUGCGUCGCGGCGCGCGCGCCGUCGCGGAACCGGACGAGCGCCGACUGGGACCGCGCGACGUGGACCGUCGACGAGUGCUGCGCGGAGCUCGCGGACGUCGCGGCGACGCUCGCCGGCGGCGACCGCGUCGGGUCCUGGGAGUUCGACAAGGACGAGCCCGACGCCAUGCGCUUCGUCGCCGCCGCCGCGAACCUGCGGUCCCGCAUCUUCCACAUCGCGCCCAAGAGCCUCUACGAGGCCAAGGGCAUCGCGGGCAACAUCAUCCCGGCGAUCGCGACGACGAACGCCGUCGUCGCGGGCCUCCAGGUCGCCGAGCUGCUCAAGCUGAUC